UCGUUCUGCCGGGACCCAAAUCCACCUUUUCAGUUUUAAAUUACUGCUGUUAUUUUUAACCCUACAUCAUGAUUUACAUACCCCCCCGUGACAACCGGACUGGCCUUUGUCCGGGAGUUUUCAUAAGCCAAGCAAUGCCAGUCUGCCUUGAAAAGUUUUUCUUCGACAAAGAAAAUAGCAGAUCAGUUACCGAGCUGGCGGUGCGCUGCGGGAGAUGCUCAGCACCUUGCAGGAGAAAAAUCACUGAUUAAAUGUGUGUUUUAUUUUGUAGACAGGACGGUAAAGAGAGCUGAGAAUGAGAUGAGUUUCCCGUGAAAGACUUGAAGCUCUUGGCAUACAUAUCAUUGAUGAGCUGCAGAUGAACAGUGUGUGCCUCAGAGGAUGGAUAUGCAUGUGGACUGGGACUCUGAGAAUAACAUUUGUGACACAGGUGCGAAGCAUACGAAUUAUUCCCAGAAGACCUCUAAGCAGGUGGGCCACACAUCUAACCUCCAGAAGGAGGCAGACAUGAAUUACUCGGAGACAUGCACUCCUUGUUGCAACUCUGCUGGACCUCCAGGUAAGCAGGAGCUUCCCGCAGAGCUGCAGUAUGAAGACAAAGAAUCCUAUGAGACCUACUACCAGAAACGAGGUGAGAGUACAGCUGGGAUAUUUGUUCCCUCCAGUACCAACUCUGACCUGCAGUAUGAAGAUAAAGAUUUAGAGCACUGUUCCCCUGAGCAGUCUGAGAAGCCACGGAGAAGACUAUGUGCUGAUAACAAAAAUACCAUUCUUGUGGAUGUGUUUGAUGAAGACCUGGAGCCUGUCCCUGAGGAAGCUUUGCCAUAUGGUUGCAAGAAAUGUGGUUCCACUUUCCAGGGUAUGAGUGAGCUGCAGGAACAUAAGCGAACUCACCUUGUGGAAACCUCGUACCAAUGUCCUGUCUGUGCCAAAGAGUUCUUCCGUGCAGCAAACUUGCGAAUGCACAAGCUCAUUCAUUCUAGUGACAGGCCACACAAAUGUCCAGAGUGUGACAAGGGUUUCAUUCGCACCGCUGAUGUCUGGAGGCACCUGCACAAUGUGCACAAGAUAGAGCGCUCUAUGGUGAUCUUGGCAAAUGGCAUGGCUAGGAACCCGUGGUCAAUAGCGCACCGUAACCAACACACUGUUGAAUACACUGAUCAGCCUUGUGCAGAGAACCACAAGCCUGAGGAGGAUGACUAUAAACCUUAUUCCUGUCCAACAUGCGGCAAAGGUUUUGAUAAGCCCAACCUGCUUUCCAAACACAAGGUGAUUCACCGACAAGACAAACCCUAUAAGUGUCAGGAGUGUGGCAUGGCAUUUGUCCAGUUGCUAAGGCUGAAAAGACACCAGCAGACUCACUCUGGGGAGCGCCCCUUCUAUUGUGAGGAGUGUGGAGGGACGUUCACACGGCUGGCAUCGCUCCAGCGCCAUCACCGCAUCCAUACUGGAGAGAAACCCUACUCUUGCAAUUACUGUGGUCAUUCCUUCACCGAGUCAGCAGAGCUCUGUGCUGAAGACGCAGCCAAGAAAAAGCCUUAUGAGAUGCCAUAUACUAAGAAAGUUUAGUGAUAUGACCUGGGUGAGAAAAUGGUGAUUUAAGAAGAAAAAGAUGACACAAAAUCUACAGCAUGCAGUGACUCCAGCACUGUGUUACUGUGCCAUCUGCUGUGACCUUGUCCCUCUCAAAGAUCACAGCAACCAUCAACCCUAGUCUGUGUUGGUGACCUAUAAGCCCAGGCCUGCUUGUGGCAAACCUCAGAGCUGCCCAGGGCUGCAUCUUUCAGGCUGGACUCCAAGUUGCUGUCAUCUACCCCAUCUUCUCUCAGAUGGCCACCAGUAAGGUACCUCACUCUGCUGGGUGGCCAAGGCAGACCUGCAGCAGCCCUGCGUGUUUAUGAUGGUGGCACGGAUAAGCAAAGUCCUUGGAGGGUGAGAUACCCCCUUGUGGGGAUGUGUUGGGCCCUGGUCAUCCUCACCUGAGUGGACGUUGCCCUCCAGGUGCUUGUCUGUGAUGUGCUGGGCUCUGGACAAAUGGGCAUGUUGUUUAGAGUGUAGUGUUCCCCGCCAAUGCUGUAACUGCAGGUGCUACUCUAAUGAGCAAGUGCCUGCUCCUCCCAAUGUCAAAGUGAAUUAACUAAUGCAGAAGUCACUUACUAAGCACCAGGAAGCUGGAACCAGGGUAGGUUAUGUUGUCCUUUACAUGGAGAGAGUCCUGCUAGCUUUCAUGGUAGCCAGCACUGUGGGCCUAUUUAUACUCCCUCUGCUCAGGACAAAGUGAUGGACUUUCUUGUUUGCAAGCUAAUGAGCAAGCAAAAUUAAGAAAUCUUAAAAGCUGAAUGGUCACUAGCCCCAGA